CCCGUCUCCCCUGCGACCGCCCCCAGCGCUCCUCCCCCGGUCUCCCCCGCGACACCACAGCCGCCACCACCGCCGCCUCUCGCGCCACCGUCUCCCCCGCCUCCCAAAGCUGUCGACCACCGCCGGCCGCCGCCCCCCGCCCCUGCUUCCCCUCCGUCCACCGCGACCUCCUCACCGCCCAGCACCUCGUCUGCCUCUCGAAUCGACCGAACUCGCUGAAAAGCUGAAAAGAACUGGAGGACUGAUUAUGCACACAGCCGAUUCUCUGGGCAAUUUCUCAGAAUCAGAUUCUUUGGGCAGGCCUUCCUCCUCGCCGCCUCCACUGUGCCUCAGUGCAGAAGUCCAUCAGCCGCGGGUUUGGUUCCACCCCAGCCAGACUCAAGAGCAUGGUUUCUUCUGCCAUGACAGUCACUGCCCCUCUCUGCCACAGCGUCAUGCCUUUCCCGGCCACUGCUAGGGACUCCUCGGCACGCUCCCGAGUGGGAAGGCCGGGCCUUGCCGCUGGCUGCUGCUCCGGUCCUAUCGCCGCCGCAGUGACCAACGCGGCCCUGGUGGCCGAUGCUGCCCGCGUCGGUACGAGGAGGUGUGAACUCUUUGAUCUCCAUCGGCAGAUAGUUCCUCUUGUUGAUUCAUGGGGUUGGCAGAAGUCCAUUGUUGAGAGGAGAAAACCGUUGGUAGGCAUAGACACGGACACAGAUGAAGAUCACUCGGACACCUUAAUCACGCUGCAGCAUCCACCAGUUUAUACACUGGGCAACGGCAAUAGCGAGAAGUACCUCAAUUUCAAUAUAGAAGAUUCUCCUAUUGAGAUUCAUCGUAUUGAUCGUGGUGGGGAGGUGACAUAUCAUGGUCCUGGACAGCUCGUUCUGUACCCGAUUCUCAAUUUGCGGUAUCAAAAGAAGGAUCUUAACUGGUACCAAAGAUCACUUGAAACUGUGAUCAUUCGUGCCCUUCAGUCCGCAUUCUCUAUUAAGGCAUCAACAAUAGAAGGCCUCACUGGCGUUUGGGUUGGGGAUCAGAAAGUUGCAGCUAUUGGAAUUAUGUGUGCAAGAUGGAUAGUAUAUCAUGGUCUAGCGCUAAAUGUCACAACUGACCUAACCCCUUUUGAACACAUUGUUCCCUGCGGCAUAAAGGGUCGUGGCGUUGGGAGCAUUAAGCAGAUAUUGCAAAAGGCUUCCAACGGUAGAGAACAUAACGAUUCAGAACUGAUGGAUAUAGCUUAUGAAUCAUUGACCAAAGAGUUUGCCGAGUUUUUCCAACUCUCUCUGGAACGCAGCCCUGAUUUGUAUCUUUAGCUAGAUAACAUUAUCAAUCAACUGCAGAAUGUUUUAUUGGAUUA